AUGCGUGAUGGGUUGACACCACUGAAAAAUGAUGAUGACUACAAGAGGUUUCUUGAUGCUGCACAUGGUAACGAGGGAAAGAUUAAUGUAUAUAUUGAUCACUACAACGAUUCAGUGCUUGACUGGAUAGAGGAAGAAAAGGAAGAAAUAGGUGUUGAUAGUGAAAGCUCUGAUGAAGAUAAAGACUCGGUCAUGUCUGAUGCUCUAUCUGUUGAUCAUGAACCCGAUGAAGAGGUAAUACCAUUGACUAAAUCUGAUGAUCCCUUUCAUAACUAUAUUAGUGUUGUCCCUAGAGAUGAUUUUGUUGAUGAGGAUGAUGAUUCAGAUAAUGGAACCAAAGAAGCCCUAAUUUAUCCUUUUCAUGACUCAACUCAGAAAUGGGAUACAGUGCAACCCAUCCUUGGUAUGAGGUUUUGUAACCCUCAAGAACUUAAACAGCUUGUCUCAAACUAUGCAGUAGCAAACGGUUUUAACCUUUGUGCUGGAGUUGUACGUAAAGGAGGAAGCCAUGGAUUUGAGAAAGCUGCUACAGUCUUGAAGAGUGAAGAAGAAAUCGUGCUUUGA